AUGCUGGGGAGUGGCAAACAUCAUUACAAAGACGCGAAAGCCUUAAGGCUAGAUGUGGCGGCCAUGUUCUCGGCAGCUGGCCGUAGCUUUCAUUCCGGAAAGGGAGGCGGCAGGCAGAAGAAGUACAUCUGCAAUGGCCCCGCAGGAGGAUGCCAGGCGACCGUGCGCGCCUGCAGGCAGAGGUCGGGAGAGUCCAAGGUGACGUUCUUCAUCCCGGAACACAACGACUGCUCUGGCGGCAAGGUCGGAGCGAAAGCGGCUGCGCUCGAGGGCUUCGCCAGUGCCGCCCUCCUUGUUGCACGGUGCAUGUUGUAA